GGUGCGGCUUUGGUGCGGCUUUGUUGCGUGGCUUGUCGGGGAGCAGCGGCGUGGUUGUGGGGCCGAGCGGGCUGUGUUUGGUGCGGCUUUGGCCCGUGCGCUGUGUGGCGAGAGCGGCGUGAAGGGAGGCAGGGCAGCGGCAGGAGGCAGGAGCUUGGCGAGCGGCGGCGGCGGCGGCGGGCGAGAAUGGCGGUGAGGCGGCGGCAGAGGCGCGGGCCGGGCGGCGGGCGAGCGCUGCUGGCCGCGGUGCUGCUGUGCGUGUGGUGGCGGGCGGCGGGCGAGCGGCUCCGCUACGCCAUCCCCGAGGAGCUGGGCAGAGGCUCGCUCGUGGGGCCGCUGGCGCGGGACCUGGGGCUGAGCGCGGACGAGCUGCCGGCGCGCAAGCUGCGGCUGAGCGAGGAGAAGCAAUACUUCACGGUGAAUGAGGAGAACGGCAACCUGUAUGUGAACGAGAGGCUGGACCGGGAGGAGAUGUGCGGCGAGUCGGCGUCCUGCUCUGUCAGCUUCGAGGUGCUGGUUCACAACCCGCCGAAUAUUUUCCACAUCGAGGUGUCCAUCGACGACGUGAAUGACAACUCCCCUGCCUUCAGCAAGGGUGUUUUGGAGCUCGAGAUCGGUGAGUUAAUCCCUCCUGGUGCUCGUUUUCCUCUAGAGAUGGCCAUAGACGCAGACGUAGGAAGCAACUCUCUACUGACUUACCAUCUAUCCAGCAACCCCUCCUUCUCUCUCUUUAUGAAAGAGAGGGCCGGUGGAAAGAAGCAGCCGGAAUUAGUGCUGGAGAAAGAGCUGGAUCGAGAGAAGCAGAGUUCUUUUGAGUUGGUGCUGACCGUGGUGGACGGCGGGGACCCAGCAAGGUCUGGGAGUGUUCAGGUUCGAGUAAACGUGACGGACGCUAAUGAUAACCCGCCCGUGUUCAGCCAAAGCUUCUACGAAGCGCGAGUGGCAGAGAAUCUGCCCGCGGGUUCCCUGGUGCUGCGGGUGACGGCGACAGAUGCGGACGCGGGCUCCAACGGGCGAGUGUCCUACUCAUUUGGCAGUGUCCCUGAAUCCGUCAGGGCGUUGUUCGCUGUCGACCCCGAGAGCGGCGAGAUCAAAACCGCGGGUCCUCUCGAUUUCGAGGAGAAGAAUAAAUACAUUUUCGGCCUGGAGGCGACGGACGGCGGCGGGCUCACCGACCACUGUGAAGUCCAAAUCGGCAUCACAGAUGAGAAUGACAACGCGCCCGAGAUCACCAUUUUGUUGCUAUCGAGUCCUGUGCCCGAGGACGCACCGGUCGGAACCGUGGUUGCCCUUCUCAAGGUGAACGAUCCAGAUUCGGGGGAGAACGGUCAGGUGUCGUGCGAGCUGUCGGGGGAGGCGGCGCUGUCGAUGGUGGCGUCGUCGGGCGGCUCGUACAAGGUGGUGACGGCGAGCGCGCUGGACCGCGAGCAGGCGUGGGAGCAGCGCGUGACGGUGGUGGCCCGGGACCGGGGCAGGCCGUCGCUGUGGAGCAGCAGGGAGCUGGUGCUGGAGGUGUCGGACGUGAACGACAACGCGCCGGUGUUCGAGGAGGCGGCGUACAGCGCGUACGUGGCGGAGAACAACGCGGCGGGCGCGCUGGUGCUGCGCGUGCAGGCGCGGGACGCGGACGCGGGCGCCAACGGGCGCGUGAGCUACUGGCUGGCGGGCGGCAGCGCGGGCGCGGCGGGCGCGGCGCCGCUGGUGUCGGUGGAGGCGCGGAGCGGCGCGCUGUACGCGCAGCGCUCCUUCGACUACGAGCAGUGCCGCGAGUUCGCGGUGGCCGUGCGGGCGCAGGACGGCGGCGCGCCGGCGCGCAGCUCCACGGCCACGGUGCGCGUCUUCGUGCUGGACCGCAACGACAACGCGCCGCGGGUGCUCUGGCCGGCGGCAGGGGCGGCGGCAACGGGAGAGGCGGCGGGAGGGGCGGCAUCUCCGUUCGAGGUGGUUCCGCGGUCGGCCGAGGCCGGCUACCUGGUGGCCAAGGUGGUGGCGGUGGACGCGGACGCGGGGCGCAACGCGUGGCUGUCGUACGAGCUGGUGCAGGCGUCGGAGCCGGCGCUGUUCCGCGUGGGGCUGCACAGCGGCGAGGUGCGCACGGCGCGCGCCGUGUCCGAGCGGGACGCGGCCAAGCAGCGUGUGGUGGCCGUGGUGAAGGACCACGGGCAGCCGGCGCUGUCGGCCACGGCCACGCUGCACGUGGUGCUGGCCGAGAGCUUGCAGGAGGCGCUGCCGGAGCUGAGCGAGCGGCCGGCGGGCGCCGAGGCGGCGGCGGCGGCCGAGCUGCAGUUCUACCUGGUGCUGGCGCUGGCGCUGCUGUCGGCGCUCUUGGUGCUGAGCGUGGCGCUGGCCGUGGUGGCGCGGCUGCGGCGGGCCGGGCCGCCCGCCGUGCUGCGCUGCCUGGGUGCGCAGCGCUUCUCGCUGGCCGGCGCCGCCUUCCCGGCCGACUUCUGCGAGGGCACCUUGCCCUACUCCUACAACCUGUGCGUGCCGCCGCCGGCCCGCGCCGUGCCCGAGGCCGCUUGGCCGCUGCCGCCGCCGGUGCCGGUGGUGCCCGUCCUGUCGGCGGAGGAGCUUCUGGGCGGCGAUUCCUGCGAGAAGCCGAGCCCGAGCAGUAACGUCGUCGUGGGAGAGCCGCCCGCCGAUGCUGGUGCACUGCAGGCAGGCAGGGCGGGCAGCGCUCGGUGGCUGCAGUGCCGGGAGGAGGCUGCGGGCGCCGCUGUUGACCGAGAGGAGCGAGAGGAGGAUCGGAGCGCUGUCGGCAGCCCCGCCCGCUGCGGCCAGGCUGGAUCGCUGGAUCGCUGGAUUGGUGGGUGGGCAGGCCGGGCGGCGGUGUGCGAUCGUGCUGCCGGUGCGGAUCCGUGCGGCGGAGAGGCGGCGGAGGCUGGGGCAGGGCCCGGGAGCGGAGAGGCCGGUGGGAAAGGUCAGCAAGCGCUGGGAGCUGAGCAGCAGCGGCAGCGGGGAGCUAAGUUGUCGGAGAUGAGCUGGGUGGGGAGGCGCUGGGGCCGGCGGCAGCGAGCUGUGCUCUGGGCCGUCCUGCUGGCGGCGUGGGAGGCGACAUGGGGGCAGCUGCGCUACUCGGUGCCCGAGGAGCUGCCCAAGGGCUCGUUCGUGGGCGACGUGGCCAAGGACCUGGGGCUGCAGCUGCCCGAGCUCGGAGACCGCGGCGUUCGCAUUAUAGAAAGAGCAAUGCGUGCUGCGCUGUGA